AUAAGGACGUGUGGGAGCAUGCUAUAUUGUCCAUAUGGCUUACACUACAGCCAGUCUGCCACCAGAGCCAGCCACACCACUGCCAGCCACACCACCAGCAUGAUGUCCUGGUCUGUGCUACUGCUGAGCGUCUUGCUGAUGACUGCUGCCGCCCACGACAGUGAGGAGGAGCAGAGAGAAGAAGAAGGAGAAGAAGUAGGAGUUGUGACUAUUGGGUCGGGGCCUCCGUUGGACGUUGGAGUAACGCCAGUGGGAUCCAACGCCCUGAAUGUGACCUGGUCCCCGCCAGACACCCCGCCUAACUACUAUAUUGUAGGAAUUCCUACUGAAGACAUACUGGCAGAGACAACCGACACCUUCUACCUCAUAAACGGACUGGAUCUUUGCACAGAAUAUUUAAUAGUGGUGUCGUCUGUGUACGACGGUGACGAGGUGUACGAGACCACAACAUACGCCGCGACGGACUGUCCAGAAAUGUCAAAAACUAAAGCCAAAACAGAGGUGUAGCUGUCAACACCUGAGGUCAAGCAAGACGAGCUGUCAACACCUGUGUGGUUAAGCAGGAAGAGCUGUCAACACCUGUGUGGUCAAGCAGGAAGAACUCACCAGGACAAAUGACCUGUUAACCUCUGUUAACCUCUGUUAACCUCUGAAAUCUUCAAAACAAUGGUCUAAAAGUAGAGAAAUAAUUAUUAAUUAGAGUUAAUAUGCUUUUAUGUAAAUAAUAUAUAAUCUUAAUGAGAAAUUAAAUUGAAAUUAAUAAUUCAAUCUGUAAAGGAAGUUACAUUUUCUCACUGUCUUAUGCGAGAGUUUCUCGGCGUUUUUAAUAUUUGUGUCAUGAUAAUCAUAUAAUUAAAUUAUUAUGUAUUUUGGUGUUAUAUUUUGCAUUUAUUUAGUAAAUACUUAAAUUAAUAUAAGUUUAUAGUUAUCUUUUCCAAACUGAAAAUAUGUAAUGAGCUUAACAAUAAUUUCCAACUAUUAAACAUGUUAAUUAUAUUUAAGUUCUUGGGUUCUUGGUCUCCAACUUUAGGAAAUAUAUUUAUUGAUUGUUAUGUGUUGUUGACUUUACUAAUGAGUGACAUGAUAAUAAACAAGUUUAUGAAUGAACAAAUAAAGAUUUUUGCUGUAA